AUGUAUGGACUGCACAACUCAACAGUCGCAGAUAUCACAGAAUUUGCCUGUUUCUACCUGAUCCAAACUGCAGUCCCAGCUACUCUCAUCGUAACGACCCGAAAAGGGUCUCCCCUGCGCCACCUAUGCGUUCCAUGCAUGAUAUGGAUCGCCGGUCGCUUCAUCCGUCCCUAUGGCUCAUCUGGGAGUCCAGCGUGGUGCCAGGCCAUAACACAACUUAUCAUCGUGACAUUACAGGCAACGAAUGUGCUGCUGCUGAAUCCCCUGGACAAUCUGGACAUCUCGCGCGAAGCAAAGGACAACCAGAGCUUUGUAUCUCACUUCGUCGUCGCCUUCCGUCGACUUACGCAGACCCGUGCUAUUGAUACGCGAUGGCAGGUGAAGAAUGUACCCUCUCAUCCGGCGUAUUAUGCGAGGCGGGAUAUGCAGGUCCCAGUGCGCAAUCGAUUCCUGCUGCGGCAGUUGGCCAUUGCUGCAUGGCAAUACCUGGUUCUUGAUAUUGUGCAAACGAUGUCUGUGCAGAAAUCUAUGGAGCGUGAUUUGCAGAUGACCGGUUCACCUGGAAUUGAAUGGAUGGUGCCGGUGGGACAGUGGGCAGAGCGGAUAAUCACGCAUCUGUCUAUUUGGUUUGUAGUAAAUCGUCUGAUCUGCGAUCUCACAUAUCGAGUGCUGUCGAUAUUAUUCGUUGGAAUUGGAUCAGACUGGCCGUCAGAUUGGCCACCGGUGUUUGGGCGCAUGGCUGAUGUAUUCACUUUGCGCAAUUUCUGGGGGACGUUCUGGCAUCAGUUUAUGCGCCAGCCUUUCACUUCUAUCAGUGAUUUUGUUGCGCGGAGAGUUCUGUGUCUUCAACGGCAUUCGAAAGCGGAGCGGUAUACCAAUCUCUUCAUCGUCUUUCUCAUUUCUGCCGUCUUACAUGUUGUCGUCGAUGUUCUGCAGAGCGUUCCGGCGGAACGGUCCGGCUCCAUGGUAUUUUACCUUGCUUUUGUUCCCGGAAUAAUGUUUGAGGACGCCGUCCAAGGGAUCUGGAAGCAAAUAGCAGCCGUGCCAAAGAGCAGGCAGGUGGGAGAAGCAAGUUUACCGGCCAUUGUACCGCCUUGGAAGCGAGCUGUUGGGUAUAUAUGGGUCAUGCUGUGGCUCGGGGUUACCUCGACAUGGUACUUCACGCCGAUGAUUCAGUCGACACAACCUGAUAUGCAAAUGGUGCCUUUCAGUGUUACGAAGUGCAUUGGGCUCGAUACUGUCGUAAAGAUUGUCGUCGGUGGUGGAGCUGUCAUUGCCUUGGUGUUCGAAGUGGAAAUCUGA